AUUGUGCUCCAGCAGAGGUUCUCUCUCUCUCUCUCUCUCUCUCUCUCUCUCUCUCUCUCUCUCUCUCUCUCUCUCUCUCUCUCUCUCUCUCUCUCUCUCACACACACACACACACACAUACUCUCACUUUCUCUGUGUCUGUUAUGUUUCUGUAUUAUACUUUUGAUGUACUGUAAUACUUCUGGACUAUAGUUGUUUGGAAUUUUGUAAGUGUAGCUUGUAGGAUUUAGUGAUGUUUAUUAGAACUGUAAUAUCACCUUCAUAACUAUAUGUUCAUGAAUGUGUAAUUAUACCUGCAACAGCAGGCUGUCAUGUUGGAAACAAUGUUGAUAAAGUAGUUCAGACAGAUGUACUUAACUCUGCCUUUCACAUUGUGCAUCGUCUACAGAAGACUGAAUAAAGACGAAGAGGAAUAAGUAGUUACUCCCGUAUACACUCUACUGGUGUGAGUGUAUAGGUGAGUACAUACUGGUUGUAAAAUAUGUCAGUGCAGGCUAACAAGUUUGAGUCUUUCUUUUGUGAAAUGGAGGUUCAUGCAUUAUUGGUUAUCACAAGAGGGCAAGGGAGCAUGAAUCCCUGACACCACAGAAACGAAAACUUGAAGUGAAACAAAAUUGUGACCAGUGACAACAUAAUGCUCUCUGCAGUCUCACCACUAGAUGGCACUAAAUCCUACACACUGUAGGUUUAAGGCUGCUUCCCUUGUUAGGUUGGCAGCUGUACAUGCUGCAUACUGUAAGAAUUUAGACACUUUUUGUGUUAAGUAAAAUAUUCCAGGUUGUGCCAUGAUCUCUGUGUGUAGUAAGAAAUUAUAAUUCAGAUGACUAAAGAUUCUUUUUUUUUUUUUUAUGUAAAUGGUGUCUUCUGUCCUUUUCAUAGGUUUUACUCUCAGCUUUUUCAGAAGUGGCUUUGCAUAAAACAGUGAAUUAGACUUGUGUACUUGUACUUAUGGAUGUUUUCUUUUACAUGUGCUGCCACACCCAAAAAUCACACCCUGUCUUGCCAUUCUAAAUCUGUGCUUUAUUGUGUCAGUGCCUGCUGAGUGCACAACCUUUGUACUUGCAACAUUCUCUGUUUUUGAACCAGGAACACCCAUGUAGGCUGAGUUAGCUGCAUGUGAUUUUCUUGAGUAGCUUGUUUCAGGUGGGCCUUAAAUCUUAGGCAGUGCGAUGGCCUCCGGGCUGAAUUUCACCUCUGCUACGUGUCAAAAAUGAUGGGGAUUUUUUUUUUCUCUUCACUCACAUGUGCUCCACUUUCACUUGCUAGUAUAGCGUGUCAGCUGCUGUUUUACUUGGAGGAAAAAUUUUUUUUUUUUUUUUUAAGACCUGUCAGUACCAAGCACAUGUCUCAACAGGCACGUUUGUAAUAUUUUGCAAAGUAGGCGGCAUUCUGAAAGCCAUGAAGCGUGGGUGUUUUGUCUGGUUCUGCUGCGCUCUGGGUGAGACGGCGAUCCGUGACUGUAACAUUGUCAGGAUUAUGCGCUGAUGAGGAGGUGUUGGAAAUCCUUCCUGAUUUGGGAAUGUUUCAGUCCAACUGUUUGACUUCACGAUCAGUAGUUGCAGGAAGGAGCUAGAAUGUUCUAUUCUAAUCACGAUCAGUAGUUGCAGGAAGGAGCUAGAAUGUUCUAUUCUAAUCACGAUCAGUAGUUGCAGGAAGGAGUUAGAAUGUUCUAUUCUAAUCACGAUCAGUAGUUGCAGGAAGGAGCUAGAAUGUUCUAUUCUAAUCAUGAUCAGUAGUUGCAGGAAGGAGUUAGAAUGUACUAUUCACGAUCAGUAGUUGCAGGAAGGAGUUUUACUGAGAAUGAGUGGAUCGAUGGUGUGACUAACACUCAGAAGAACUGCCACUGUUUGGAAUGUGGACUUACAGGUACUUUUCAGCUUCUCAUGGGUGUGGGUUUGACUUGUGUACCGAACAGUAAUUUAAAGGUGUAACCAUGGUGAAUAUAAAACGGAGUAAAGUGGAGGUAUAGCCAAGAGGGUGGAACUGACAGGUUGGGGGGGGGGGGGGGGUGUUGUCAGGGAAGUGAGACGGUGCCUGCAACACACUGUCAGAGCGCAGACAUGGACACAGCACAAGAAAGACAACAAGCCAUCGGCACAGACUUCUAACAUUGGCUACUUUUUCUGAAUACAGAAAGAACUGGACCAUUUCUAAACCUCUCCCUGUUUGCUCUGUAUGUAGGAGAGAGGUUUUUGUUUUUUGGGGUUUUUUGCUGAGCUCAUCAUCACCAUGCUGUGUCCUGCUGCUGCAGCACUCUGCCUCCUGGCAGCACUCGGCUCAGGCCUUUGCCUUUCACAGGAAGACUUUGCUCUCUGCAGUCACUGCUUUUACAGACAGACGCCUCCUCAGGGAACCUCAGAAGGGCUGCGUCCCUUCUGCUACACGCUGCCCAGGGGACAAGUGUUUGCCACCCUUUACAAGUCAACAUGUGACGGAGCUGUCUACUCUGCCUUCCUGCUCAGCCAUGGGUGGACAGAAAGACUGGGAGAGGAGGUGGACCAACCUGUGACGGUGGCAGCAGAAGACAACAUUAAAGUAGCAGUGCCUGCUCUGCUCAGAGGAGCCGUGGGCCAGUCACAUGAUGAACACUGGAACCCAGCCCUUCAGACGAGCAUCACUUCCCAGUGCAGCAGUGUAAAAGGAGAUCUCUACAUCCUUACAGGAAAUGGAAGGAUUGAUUCUAGUGGGGAUGGAGGUGAGGAGUGUCAGCUGAACCUGCAGUGGUCUGCGGUCUGCUGUGCAGCCCCAGAGGGAAAGGAGAGCUUCAGUGUGGGAUUAAUCCACGAGCCAAGAGGAGACGACAGGACAGUUAGCAUAAAGGAGCUGGAAGAGAUUCUAGGAGCUGCUCAGAUGUUCUUUGAAGACUGCAGAGGAACCAGUGGGGGCCUUCCGGUUGCCACAGUGGAUCUUCACAGUGAAGCGCUGCCUGGAAAUGUGCAUUCUGAUAGUACAGGAGAAGAAGUGGCUUCAGCUGUUACAGACCAACAGUAUGACGAUGAUGCAGCCACGAGCAGAGGUGCAUCACUGCCUGCAGAGCAUGGAGAAAACAAUGAUGCUCAGCCAGAAGAGGCUCAAAAAGCUUCUUCAGCAGAGACGGAGGUGAGAUCAGAGAGCGGCAGUGAGGCACAGCAGGAUGUGACCCAUGCUGGAGCUGAGAGAUCAGAGAUUUCAGAGUCUUCAGAGGGCGAUGUGGAAACAACGGAGACAGGCACAAAUUCCAGCAGCACUCUGAUGUACAUCAUCUCCACCACCUUGUCCAUCUGUAAGGCUCCUCUGCGUCCUGUGGUCUCCACCAUCACGCAGUUACCCGGACAGGUGGGUUACGUUCUCAAGGAGGACCUAGGAGUUCUGUCUGCUUUGCCAGGAGAGACCUGCUCCCUGCUCUACCUUGUGACCUCUGACCUCUUGUCUUGGGUAUGGUCAGCGGUGGACACGCUGCUAGGUGUCUGGGGGACCUGUGUGUCAAGUGCCUUCGGCUGUAUUUCCUCCAUGCUGGGAGAGCUGCUGACCAGUUGCUACGCCGGCGUCACCGGCCUCGGGACCCUGCUCGGUAACACCUUGGGGAUCUUUGGUGAUGCACUGGAUAACGCUUGGUGGGUGACCAGGUUCUUUGGAGGGCGGCUCUGGGAGAACAGCGAGGGUUAUAUGGGAUCGGUGGUGUCAGAGAUGGGGGGUCAAGUGAAAGCUGUAGGUGGAGGGGUGGGGAGGCUGCUGUGGAGAGGCGGAGCUGGAGUCAUCAAUACUGUGAAGCAUGGUGGGGGCUUCAUCAUAGGAACGCUGGAAGUGUUUUUUGGGGCAAUGAAAGAGGCUUUUGGGCAGGAGUCAGAAUGAAGGAGGAACAGUCAGACUUCAGAUUAUGGCCAUUUGUAACAAAUUUCAUCAAACGCUUUCUUUGGUGUUUCAUUUUUUUUAAUGUCUUCGGGACAUGAGUGUGACUAAAAACAAUUUAGACACUAUUGGAUGUGCCUUGUCAUUACAGAAGGAUUGCCACA